AUGGAGAAUCAUUCUCUGCCUAAACUUCACAUAGCUCCCUUGUUUUGCCUUCUGUUCUUAACCUCCCUGGUGAACUGCCAACUUAACUACACCUUCUACGAUGAUUCGUGUCCCAGCCUGACAAAGAUCGUUCGGUACGGCGUUUGGACCGCUAUUGCCAACGACACAAGGAUGGCAGCUUCCCUCCUCCGCCUUCACUUCCACGAUUGCUUCGUCAAUGGUUGUGAUGGGUCAGUUUUGCUGGACGGCGGUGAGAAGAAUGCGCUCCCGAAUCUGAACUCGGCUAGAGGGUUUGAGAUCAUUGAUUCCAUCAAGUCCAACUUGGAGAAAGCUUGUCCGGGAGUUGUCUCGUGUACUGAUGUUCUCACUCUCGCGGCAAGAGAAGCUGUUUAUCUCGUAAGGACAAGUACUCUUUAUCUUCCUUCUAUUUUUGAGACGGGAGGGCCGUACUGGUCGCUCGCAUUCGGCCGGCGAGACGGUUUAACCACGAGCGAGACCGCAGCCAACGAGCAGCUCCCGGGCCCGUUCGAGCCGCUCGACAACAUAACCCGAAAAUUCGCGGCCAAAGGUCUCGACACCAAAGACGUCGUCGUUCUCUCGGGAGGACACACCCUCGGCUUCGCCCAAUGCGGCGUCGUAAAGCCACGGCUCUUCGACUUCGCCGGGUCGGGCCGACCCGACCCGUCCCUCGACGCGUCGUUCCUCCAGUCCCUGCAGAGCACGUGCCCGAACCGAAACGAGUCGAACUCGAACCUGGCGCCUCUGGAUGCGAGCUCGAGCAAGUUCGACAACGUGUACUACAAGUUGCUGGUGAACAGCUCCGGUUUGUUGCGGUCCGACCAGGCUUUGAUGUCGGAUAAUGUGACCGGUUCGAUGGUGGUUGGGUAUAGCAAGUUCCCGUUCUUGUUUUACAAGGAUUUCGGGGCUUCCAUGGUGAAGAUGGCGGGGAUUGGUGUGAUUACUGGGAGUAACGGGGACGUUAGGAAGAACUGCAGGGUGGUGAACUAG